AUGUCUCCCGAGAACAACCAAAACCCUCCACGAGGAACUUCUCAACCUUCGGAAGACGACGAAUAUGGUCCAUAUCCCACCUCUACCUACCCUCACUAUAGUAGCGUCCGGUCUAUUCCGGUACCCACGUCACAGCGAGACGAGGACGGCGGCUCGGAGGAGCCAUCCGCCGGUAUGACCUCCUCGGGCGUUGCCCUUUCUCCGCUCGAAAAAUGGGCUGUCAACGCUUCUCCUUCUCAAUUCAACGCUCUGGCCGGUGCCAUUGGUGGUUUUACCUCGGGCGUCGUCACAUGCCCGCUCGACGUCAUCAAGACUAAGCUUCAGGCGCAGGGUGGUUUCAAUCCAGUCUCUAAGGGCAGACAUGUAGGACACCCCAAGCUCUAUGACGGGCUUACCGGAACCGCCCGAGUCAUCUGGCGCGACGAGGGUAUCAGGGGCAUGUACAGGGGGCUGGGUCCUAUCGUGCUUGGGUACCUGCCGACAUGGGCAGUCUGGUUUACCGUCUACAACAACAGCAAAGACUGGCUAAGGCAUCGUCAUGGUCAGCACUAUACGCAGUUCCCAAAGUCGGGGAACACGCCGACGUCCAGGCCGACGCUCUCUACGCCGUGGCAUUACAACUCCACACUCGACGCCGCUCGCAAGAUGUAUACAUCAGAAGGCAUUCUAUCCUUCUACUCGGGCCUCACGCCCGCCUUGCUUGGUCUCACCCACGUUGCAGUCCAGUUUCCCGCUUAUGAGUUCCUGAAAACUCAGUUCACGGGACAAGGAAUGGGUGCCCCCCUGAAUGGAGAGAGUCCCUCGUCGCACUGGAUCGGUGUCCUCUCGGCUUCGAUUCUCUCCAAGAUCCUGGCAAGCAGCGCCACCUAUCCUCACGAAGUUGUCCGAACGCGACUGCAGACACAGCGGCGACCAGUCGCGGGAGCAGAAUAUCUUCAAGGCCUCGGCAUCAAAAUCUCCAGCUCGGCGACGCCGGAGGAGGUGGCCGCGCAUCAGAAACAAGUGCAGCCCCCUGCGCCAAAGUACCGUGGUGUCGUUAUGACCUUCCGCACAAUCCUCGCCGAGGAAGGCUGGAGAGCUUUUUAUGCUGGCAUGGGGACGAACAUGAUGCGCGCGGUACCGGCAGCAACGGUCACGAUGUUGACAUAUGAGUUCUUUAUGGAACAGUUUAAUCACAUCAAGGCGGAAGGGCGGAGGAAGCUGGGCCACGAGGAUGUGUCGCUUGACGCAAGCCUGUAA